CUGACGGAAAAUGAUACAUUGCUGAUAAUAAUACAUAGACACAACUGGUAGCUAGUACUUAGCCUGAACGAGGAUAAUUUGGUUUUAAAUUUGUUAUGAUCAGUUUAAGUGAAGUGGCCAAUAGAACGUUACGGUUUAAAGAAAGGCUGUUAAGUAGCAAAAACAGUAAUGCUCUUCCAAUUUAAGUAAUUACCACUAAAUUAUGAUUAAUCAAUAAAUUAAACUAACCAAGAUUAACCACAGAUCUCACAUUUAUGUUUUUGGCUAAAAACUAAUUCUUCAUACUACUUGUAUAUAAAUUGCCUCUUGCUACUUUAAUUUUAAUUCAUCAUCUCUUCUAUAUAUUUACAAAAUCUAAGGCUUUGUAAAAAAUAGAGGUGAUCACCAUGGCAGUUUCAAGAAGUUUUUUCGUGUUUGUCUUGUUAGCCAUUGCUUUACUUUGUUGUGCUGUGGAAGGUUUACCCCGGCGCCUCCAUAGUGAUGAUUAUGGUGGUCCGGAAAAUGAUGAAAGUGGUAACCUCGUACCGGCAAUUGAUGAUGGUGGUAGCCUUGAAACGGACAAUAAUGAUGGUGUUGAUAGCCCCGUAACGGUAAAUGACGAUGGCGGUAGCCUCAAAACGGCAAAUGUUGAUGAUGGUGGUGAUAGCCCCGUUGCGGUAAAUGCUGAUGAUGGUAGCCCCGAAAUGGAAAAUGCUGAUGGCGGUGAUAGCCCCGUAUCGGUAAAUGCUGAUAGUGGUAGCCUCAAACCGGAAAACGAUGAUGGCGGUGAUAGCCCCGUAAAGACAAAUGGUGGAGGAGGAGGUGGUGGUGGUGGUGGAAUUUUUGAUGUUACAAGCUAUGGUGCUAAAGGAGAUGGCAAGAAAGAUAACACAAUGGAAUUCAUGAAGACUUGGCAAGCGGCAUGCAAAGGUGUCAGUACGGCCCCGGCAAAGUUUCUUGUUCCAAAAGGAACAUUUUUGACAGGACCCGUUGUAUUUCAAGGCCCAUGCAAAAGCUCACAGCCUAUAGUUGUUGAGGUUCAAGGCACUGUCAUGGCCACAUCUGACAUGAGCCAAUAUUCUGAAGAUUCCUGGAUUUUAUUUGAACGUAUCGACGGUCUAGUGAUUACCGGCGGCGGAAUUUUCCAUGGACAAGGCGCUUCGGCUUGGAAGUACAAUGAUUGCAAAACGAACAAAGACUGCACCAGGCUUCCAACUUCCAUCAAGUUAAUUCAGGUGAAGAACGCAAUCAUUCACGACAUCAGUUCCAUCGACAGUAAAUACUUCCAUUUUCACGUCACGGAUUGCAGUGCCAUUACGGCGUACAAUCUCAAAAUUACUGCCCCGGGAGACAGCCCUAACACCGACGGUAUGCAUAUUAGCGACACAAGUACUGUAAAUAUAUCCAGCAGUACAAUUGCAACAGGCGACGACUGUAUUUCUAUUGGACAAGGCGUCUCCAAGGCUACCAUUACCGGUAUUAUGUGUGGCCCCGGACAUGGAAUUAGCGUUGGUAGUCUAGGCAGAAGACAGAAUGAAGCUGACGUAAAUGGUAUUACCGUGAGAAACUGUACACUAUCUAAAACGACGAACGGUGCAAGAAUCAAAACAUUCGCCGGUUCACCGCCCGGUAAUGCUUUGAGCAUCACCUACGAAGACAUUAUUAUGGACCAGGUUCAAAAUCCAAUUUUAAUUGAUCAGAAGUACGGUUCUAAGGGAUCAUCCAAGGGAUCACAAGUAAAGGUGAAGGAUAUUCAUUUCAAGAACAUAAGAGGAACUACAACUACAAAUCUUGCAGUAAAUUUAGAUUGCAGUCCAUCUGUUCCGUGCGAAGGAAUUGAAUUUGCGGAUAUUGAUUUGGCUUUAACUGGAUCAAAUGCUAAAACUAUUUCUUCUUCAUGUUCAAAUGCAAAAGUUUCUUUUAAGGGUAAGCAGAAUCCACCAGCUUGUAAACAAUAGUAAUUUUAUGUGUUUCUAUUCAUCAAAAAAAAAAAUAUGUUUCUUCCAUACAUGUAAAACUUAACUUAUGAGUUGUAUUCAAUUUUAUAGCAAACAUAAAUCAAUAAAAAAAUAGUAAGAUUUGAUUUUUACAA